AUGAGCCGCCCGUCCUCGGCCGGGCCCGGCCCGAGCAAGCCGUGCGGGAAGCAGCAGCCGCCGCCGCCGCACGCCCCGUCCCCCGCCGCCGUCCUGCCGGGCACCGCCGGGGCUUCUCCGCCGCCUCCGCCUCCUCCUCCUCUUCCUCCCCCCCAGCAGCAGCAGCAGCAGGAGCUGACCUCGCUCUUCGAGUGCCCCAUCUGCUUCGACUAUGUGCUGCCGCCCAUCCUGCAGUGCCAGGCCGGGCACCUGGUGUGCAAGCAAUGCCGGCAGCAGCUGAGCCUCUGUCCCACCUGCCGGGGCUCCCUCACCCCCAACAUCAGGAACCUGGCCAUGGAGAAGGUGGCCUCGGCUGUCCUCUUCCCGUGCAAGUAUGCCACAACAGGCUGCUCCCUGACACUCCACCACACAGAAAAGCCAAAACAUGAAGCCAUCUGUGAGUACCGUCCCUACUCCUGCCCGUGCCCUGGUACCUCCUGUGACUGGGAGGGAUCCUUGGAAGCCGUGAUGUCCCACCUCAUGCAUGCCCACAAAAGCAUUACCACCCUUCAGGGAGAAGACAUCAUUUUCCUUGCCACAGACAUUAACCUGCCAGGGGCAGUGGACUGGGUGAUGAUGCAGUCGUGCUUUGGUCACCACUUCAUGCUGGUGCUGAAGAAGCAGGAGAAGUGUGAAGGUCACCAGCAGUUUUUUGCCACCGUGCUGCUCAUCGGCACCCGAAAGCAGGCCGAGAACUUUCAGUACAGACUGGAGCUGCACGGCAGCUGCCACCGGCUGACCUGGGAGGCGUCUCCCUGCUCCAUCCACGACGGCGUGAACGUGGCCAUCCGCAACAGCAACUGCCUCGUUUUUGAUACGGCCACUGCACACCUCUUUGCUGACAACGGAAACCUCGGCAUCAACGUCACCAUUUCCACGUGCUGCCCAUGAUGCAUUGCUGGCUGAUGUACAGCUCCACCAGGGUUUGGGUUUGGUUCCUGUUUUUUACGCUGUUCCACUAUGUCAUCUUGUGUGCUAAGGUUUCUGACUAGCCAAGGGCUGUAACUUUGGGCAGAAGAGGAACAAGAGUGUGCUGUAAGUAACAUCAGCGGGACAAGGUCUUUUAAAAUUCUUGGGUGCCUUAGGAAGAUUACACAAACACAGUUACCUUUUGUAAUUUAAUUAUAUUUUAUGUAAAGAGUGCUUCCAUUGGAUAUGUGGCUUAAGAGGCUCAUGUUUGGAGCACACCUAAAAGCCCUUUCAGCAGCAGUACAGACUCCCUCUGUCACUGGUGAGCUUUAAUAAAAGGCUUUAGUAUCACA